AUCUCCAACGAAAAAUUCAACAAAAAAAAAAAUACAAGUUCACUUCAUUAAUGAUCACUAAUACAAUUAAUUGAACACACAAAAUCCUGACUGUAAAUAACCUAAAUAUAAUACUCCACAAAAAUGGUGAAGCUAGCGUCAGCAAGAGAGAGCAGAAUGUACGGACCGAGACUUGGUCGGAACCGAGCAGAAUAUGUAAACGCAGGGCUUUAUGUGUUUGCGACCAUAUUGCUGAUUGGCGGGUUCGUGGCUUUGUUCUCGAUGGAGCCUCGGUCUGGUUUGGCUCUAAUGUUUAUAGCGUUAGGGCUUAUAAUGGUGGUCAAUCUUCAUGAUCUUAUCGCCCAUCUCGCCGGAAUCGACUACCGGUUACCUUUGAUGGGAUUCGAUACGCAGCUUGCGCUUGUGGAGUUCGCAGUUCCGGUUGUUCAGACCCUUGGGGCUUUGCUUUUGUUCUUGGGGGUCUUUUUUCUUUUUCUUCAGGAAGAGAAAGGGUAUGGUUACAACAAAUUGGAAAAGUAUGCCAUUAACAUGCUUAUUGCUGGACCAGUUCUUUGGAUUGUUGGAUCAAUCCAUAACUCGUGCCAAAUUUAUGAGCGAGCCGACGGACAUGUCCAAAUCUUGCAAGAAAGUGUCCACAUCCCGUUUUUGAUGGGGAGUUUGUUGUUCUUGGUUGGUGCCAUUCUCAAUAUUCAUGAGCAAGAUGGGCUAGAUCACCAUGGCCUACAAUUACUGGGCGGUACCUUUGUGUGGAUUGGAAUAUUUGGAAGCUUAUUAUUGUUUAUUGGGGGAUUAACAAAUGUGAUUAAAGUGUUCAAGAUGCAACAAAUCGAUGGACUGCGUCUCGAGAAACUUCGAGGAGGAGCUCAGGAACGUUUGCUGCAGCAACGGGAGGGGCAUCUCCCGCUUCUUGCGGAAGAACAUAGGAGAAGGAAAAUGAUAAUUGAUGAAGCAAAAGCUGCGCCGGUUGCCCCUGUUGCAACUCCUUACAAAGAUGUGCUUAUUGAAUUGGCAUUUUUAUGUUGCAGUGGUAAUCUGAGGGGUAGUAGAGUAUUUUUGCUUGAGGUAUUGUGCAACGGAAUGGCAUCGGUUUCGACUCAGCCGCAGUUCCGUCUUACUCAACCGCCGUCAAAAGUGUUGCAUUUAAGAAACUUGCCGUGGGAAUGCAUCGAGGAGGAAUUGGUUGAGCUAGGGAAGCCAUUCGGAAAAGUUGUCAACACAAAAUGCAAUGUUGGAGCCAAUAGAAAUCAAGCUUUUAUAGAAUUCGCGGAUUUAAAUCAAGCUAUUGCGAUGAUUUCAUACUAUGCUUCAUCAUCGGAACCUGCUCAGGUGCGGGGGAAGACGGUCUACUUGCAGUAUUCUAAUAGGCAAGAGAUAGUCAACAAUAAAACAACAGCCGAUGUUGCUGGAAAUGUGUUGUUAGUAACGAUUGAAGGUGAUGAUGCACGCCUUGUCAGCAUUGAUGUAAUGCAUUUGGUUUUUUCUGCUUUCGGAUUUGUACACAAGAUUACUACGUUUGAGAAGACAGCUGGAUUCCAGGCAUUGGUGCAAUUUUCUGAUUCAGAAACUGCUUCUUCUGCAAAAGAUGCCCUGGAUGGAAGAAACAUCCCUAGAUAUCUGCUUGCUGAUAAUAUUGGAGCAUGUACCCUUAGGAUAACAUAUUCUGCUCAUACAGAUUUGAGUGUAAAAUUCCAGAGCCAUCGAAGCAGGGACUACACAAAUCCAAACCUUCCCGUUGCACCAUCAGCUAUAGAUGGCAGUGGUUUGUUCAGUGUGGGCCUUGAUGGGAAGAAACUAGAACCUGAGAGUAAUGUUCUUCUUGCAUCAAUCGAGAACAUGCAGUAUGCUGUCACAGUAGAUGUUUUGCGCAUGGUUUUUUCUUCUUUCGGGCCUGUCCAGAAGAUUGCCAUGUUUGAUAAGAAUGGUGGACUUCAGGCUUUAAUCCAGUACCCUGAUGUACAGAUGGCUGUUGUGGCAAAGGAAGCAUUGGAAGGCCACUGCAUCUAUGAUGGAGGUUUCUGCAAACUUCACAUCUCGUAUUCACGUCAUACUGAUCUCAGUAUAAAGGUUAACAAUGACCGGAGUAGAGACUAUACGCUUCCGAACCCUGCGAUGGUUAACGCUCAGCCUUCUAUUCUCGGACAACAGCCUGCUCCUUCGGCUGGCCCCCCAACUCAUCCAUACCCCGGAGCUCAGUUUGCUCCGCAUACAGAGCACCCAGCAAUGCCUCAGCCUUCAGCUGGAUGGGUUACCCAUUCAACGCCUGCACAUAUGAAUAACCAUCAUUACAUGCCACCUGGAAUGCCACCAGGAAUGCCGCCCCACCAAAUGGCCCCAGGAAUGAUGCAGAUGCAAGGCCAUGGUGGCAUACCGCAGGGUGCACUACUGCCACCGCCGCCGCCUUACAGACCUGGGCAAAUGCAAUAGUAUGCAAUCAAUCAGUAGUCUAUUUAUGAGUUUCAUGUUCAAGAAUCUGAAGAGAGGGAGUAAUGCUAUUUGAAGAAGAGGACCACGGGCUACCCCUCCGCAAUUCAAAGCAACCUGCCGAAAUUUGUAGUAAACGAUGUUGUUCUUUCAUUAGUUUUGAAGGUGAGAUUAUGCAAGCAAGAAGGGUGUGAGCACCUUUUGCAGAUCCACCGCUGUUGUGAACACUGGUUGUAUGUUACUGUACUACGAAGUUAUGCGUUAAUCCCAUGUAUUUAUUAUUCA